GAGGACAGCUUCGACAUGGAGCAGGAGCUCUUGGAUAUCAACAAGCGCCUGAGGGUUCCGAGCGGUGUGACCCCAGUCCCUGACCUGAAGCGGAGCCGGCCACUAGGUGCUGGUGAGCCUGUAUCCAGAAGCAGCUCUGCCCGUGAGAUGGCUUUGCAGGGGCUUCCUGAUGAAGCCCAGAAGACCCCGAUCAAGGCAACGACACCAAUUCCCCCGGUUGCCCCGUCCAAGUUGCCCAGCCCCGAGAAGCCGAAUGUGCCAAGUCCUCGAAACCUCAUGCCGCUGCUAGCAGAUACUCUGUUGGACCCGGUGCCGCCUGCUGGCGAGCCUUCUGCUGGAUGUGUGGUGCAGGGUGCAGCAGAACCUAGUGGGAAGGGGAAUGGACCAGCUAUGAAGCAGACCGCAGAACCUAGUGAGGAGGGAAAAGGGCCAGCUGUGGAGCAGACCACAGAUCCUGGUGAGGAGGGAAAAGGGCCAGCUGUGGAGCAGACCGCAGAACCUGGUGAGAAGGGAAAAGGGCCAGCUGCUGUGGAGCAGACCGCAGAACCGAGUGAGACGGGAAAAGGGCCAGCUGCUGUGGAGCAGAGUGAGGGGCAAAGCGAACUCCGAAGCCUGGACAGUAUGACAACCUUGUCAUGGGGCCGCAGCUUGGAGAACAUCCAGGACCUUCCCGAAACUCCGGUGAAGGAGCAGGGCACACCGGAUCAUCUGGUUUUGGAGCUUCGCAGCAGGCUUUUCCGAGCCUUUGGGGACGGGGCUUCCAAGGAUGAUGAGCAAGGGCAGCGAGUGCUUGGUGACGUCAUCAUGGACUGGGUGCUUGAGAUUGGGACUGAGUUGCCUCCUUUGCAAGCACCAGAUGUGCUGAGUCAGUUGGCAGCUGAGUGCCUGGACACCUUUGCAGCCCUCAAGGGUCUGUCUAAGAAGGCGACAGAUCUCCAGGCUCAGCUGGCUAGCAAAAUGGCUCACGCGGACCAGGCUGUGGCAAAGGCUUUGGCCACUGUCAUCCAGCAUGCCGGCACUACCGGCACUCUGGCCGGCAGCUCCACGGUGACAGAGAAGAUGGCAGCAUGGAAGAUGUCCAUACGCGAGGAGGGCAUGAAGGAGAUUGAGGCGGCCAGGAACCAAUCCCAGCUGGCAGUCGGCCGCCUGGAAAUGGUGGCCAUGAAGCUGAUGAAUGCUGCCUAUGAGGCCUAUCAGGAGGAACGCCCCAAGAGUGAGGACGAGCUGUUGCGGCAGAUGAUGCAGCAGGUUGAGCAGCAUAUGUCAGCUUUGCAGCUGGAGUGUGAUAGGCCCUCGGAAGGGGGUGGCACCGGUGAAGCCGCGAUGGAUGUGGACCCACAACCUCCUGCCCCCAAGGCUCGUGCCCCCCAGGCAGACAAACUGCGAGAAAUGCAUCAGCACGGCUUGCUUCUCGAACGCGGCGACGGCUCCUACGAGACGCCAGACGAUCGAGAUCGAAGGCUAUGCCACAAUCAGCGGAUGCGGUUCAACCGGAGCUUCGACAGUCCGAUGUGCCCGCAGCCUGUGCUGGAUGCAGCCAAAGGCAAGAAGUACAAUCGUGCGAUCAUUGCACGGCUUUUCGAAGAGUGGGUGCAAGCGGAUGAGAACUGGGCCAACUCGACGAUUGUGUUCAAUGCUUCUAUCGCGAAGACCCAACGACGCCGCGGAAAAUAUGUGAUGAAAACCUACAAGGACCUCAAACUCCUCUAUGGAACCGCCAGUGCCAAAGCCAUUCGCGAACGGAAGAAAGAACUUGGGGCAGAAUGGUGGUGGCCCCACCCCGAAAUGGGAGAUUCCGAGGUGUACGAUUCCAUGGAGUUUGAAGAUGACGAGACCAGCACACAGGAGCAUCGGUUCCAGGCAGAGGGCACUUUGGAUCCCGACUCCACAAGGGCAACUUCCAUCAGCCGGGUGCUCCGGCCAAUUCCGGCUACCAGGAAGGCUGCUAACACUAAGCUUGGUCAGAUUUCGACGAAGUUGGCUGAAGUUCGGGUGCUGGCCAACGAUGUGCCCUCAGCUUCGCAUCUGUCUGAGAAGAUGAAAGAGGGCUAUGUGCAUGAGCUCGACGAGGGCAGGAAGAGCAUCGAGACUGCUCGGACGCAACUCGAGGCUUGGUAUGCCCGCAAGCUCGAGGAUGAGGACAUUGUGGGUGACGAGAAAAGGGUCUACGAGGAUGUCAUGAGAGACGUGGAUAAUGCAUUUGUGGCCCUGAAUGGCAAGAUCAAGGCUGUGAAAACAGCAACGGUCCCGGUUACAAAGCUGGAUGUCCCGGUGAUCGAAAAGGGUGUGCUCAAGAAGAGGAAACUUCCAGUUGUUCUACCUCAUGAACUGUUUCCUUGGCUGGUGCAAAAGGGCUUUAUCCCUGUGGAUGAUGCAGCGGCUGCCGGGAACGAGGAGUUCUGGUCACAUGCUAGAGCCGCAGGGAUGCCAAGUAUGGGGGCAACGGACUUACAUAUACCACUUUAUAUCUGGGGAGAUGAUGCCGAGUUUACUGAGACUCACCAAGAUAAGCUGGUGGUGGUGGCAUUUGGAAGAGUCUUAGAGACUGAGAAGAAUGCACUGAAGUCUGUCUGGCCACUGUUUACGUAUAUACAGGCCGGGCAGGACAUAAUCCCUUAUAAUCCAUCAACCUUAAACUUCAACCCCAAACCCAACCCCUGA